UUAAAAACCGCAAUGCAGUCCAUGGAUGACCUGAUCCAGUUCAGAACUCAAGUGGAAGAGUUCUACCGAAGCGAGGAGAAUAAAUCAAUGAAUGAGAUAUAUGAGAAAGUUUCAGAGAAAGAAGUCGAGGUUAAGUAUUACCAAGACCAACUUGCUGAAAGCAAUAAUUUCAUUCAGGAAUUGCAUUCAAAAUCAAAUGAAGAGAUUGAUAACCUUAAAUAACCAAUUGAUUGACAUGAAGAACCAGAUAGAGGUUUAUAAGGAUGAAAACCAGGCUAUGAAGGAGGAGGUUGAAAGGAAAGACCAAGAAAUUCAAGAGCUUAAAGAAGAGAAAGAAGGAAGAGCUCGUAUUCAUCAAGACGAAAUCGAUAAACUUUCAGUAAAGCAUAAACAACAACUCUAUCUGUACAAAAAGAAGCUCCAAAAUCGGGCAUCAUAAUUUCCCUC